CUCCGUGCGGAAACAGGAAGUAGCCGGGGCUGUAAAACUACAUUCCCCACAAUGCACCGCGGUUCCGCCUCCCUGAGCUCCCAGUUAAUAACAAGUUCGCCCUCGUCACGUGACUCAGAAAGUUGGAAGCGCUUCCUUGUUGUACAGGCAACACAAGGAUCUCUGGAGAUGGUGUCCGUGUCCUGCAGCUCAUUGUGACUUUAUUCUUACUCCUGAGCCCCCCUGCCCGUCCACAAGAGGGCAGCCAGCAAGCCUCCCACGAUGUAUACAUUCCUACCGGAGAAUAUCACGCCAGUGAAGCAAAAGGCAUCUAAAGAGCAGAAGUCUAUGAUCGGGGCCAUCAUCCUGGGCCUGAUAUUGGUUAUCGCCGCUGUGGUUUCCUGGAGUUACUACUCCGUCUCCCUCCGCAAAGCAGAGCGUUUAAAGACCGAGUUGUUGGACCUCAGGAAAGAUGGCUUCGUUAUACGCAACCAACAAGGCAAACAGGUUUUCCGACUCUCUUUCGACUCUGGGGAUUUGGAUUUGGAGUCUUGUUCAAAGUACGGGGACAUUUUAACCUGCACCAGAUCAGAUAAAGGGAAACUGAACUUCUUCAUCCAAACUGUGAAUCCAAAAGAUACCGUCAUGUGCUACAGAGUCAGGUGGGAGGAGUUUGUGGCCGACACAGUGGUCCAGCAUACCAUGUAUUGGGAUGAUGCUUACUGGUACGGAGGAGCGGAAAUGAGCACUCAACAUUGGCCUAUAAAGCUCUUCGGAUAUCAAGAGCCCAAACCCUUUGUGACUAGUGACAUUUAUUCCUUCAGAGACCACUUUGGGGGAAUACUGGAACGGUACUGGCUCUCGUCAAAUGCAGCAGCUAUCAAAAUAAACGACUCCGUACCUUUCCACCUUGGCUGGAACAGCACAGAGAAAUCUCUUUUCUUUGAAGCGAGAUAUAAAGACUCCCCCUAUAAAGCUCCACCCGGUAACCAACCCUUCCCAGAACUUAGCUACCGAGUGUGUGUGGGCUCCGACGUCACCUCGAUCCAUAAAUACAUGGUGAGGAGGUACUUUAACAAACCCACCAAGAUACCGUCGGAAAGCAACUUUAAAUACCCCAUAUGGUCUACCUGGGCCUUGUACAAAACCGAUAUUGACCAGGACAAGCUGCUGCGCUUUACAGAAAAGAUUAAAAAAUACAAAUUUAACUACAGCCACAUAGAAAUAGACGAUAUGUACUCGAAAACCUACGGAGACUUCGACUUCGAUCCCAUCAAGUUUCCGAAUGUUACGGAAAUGUUUGCAAAGAUGAAGGAAGACGGCUUCAAAGUCACUCUUUGGAUUCAUCCGUUUAUCAAUUACAACUCUUCCAAUUUCGGGGUGGGCAUAGAAAGGGAGCUCUUUGUUAAGGAACCAAAUGGUCGGCUACCAGCCAUGGUCCAGUGGUGGAACGGCAUCGGGGCUAUACUUGACUUUACCAAUCCCAAUGCGAGAGAGUGGUUCCAGAACAACCUAAAAAGGCUCAGGACUAAAUACGGAAUUUCAUCUUUUAAGUUCGACGCUGGGGAGACCAGUUAUUUACCCGAACAGUUUAGCACAUACCGACCUCUGUCUGAUCCGAGCAUGUUUAGUCGGCGGUACACUGAAAUGGCCAUUCCCUUUUAUGACCGUGCCGAGGUGAGGGUUGGCUACCAGUCGCAAAACAUAUCUUGCUUUUUCCGAAUUAUAGAUCGUGAUUCUGUUUGGGGAUAUGAAUUGGGGCUAAAGUCACUGAUACCUACAGUUCUCACCAUAAGCAUGCUGGGAUAUCCUUUCAUCCUGCCUGAUAUGAUUGGAGGAAACAUCUAUACCAAUGGCACAAUGGAUUCUGAUAAGAUUCCCGACCGGGAAUUAUAUAUUAGAUGGUUGGAGCUCUCGGCUUUUAUGCCGUCUAUGCAGUUCUCUGUGCCCCCUUGGCUAUACGAUAAAGAGGUGAUUGAAAUAGCUCAGAAGUUUACCCAGAUACACGCUACACUAGUAGCCCCCCUAUUACUGGAGCUGGCUGGAGAAGUUACUGACACAGGAGACCCCAUCAUUAGACCCAUCUGGUGGAUCUCGCCCAAUGAUGAAAAUGCACAUAAAAUAGAUUCUCAGUUCCUCAUAGGAGACACCUUGAUGGUGGCACCAGUGUUGGAGCCGGGGAAGCAGGAAAGGGACGUCUACCUCCCAGAAGGCCGGUGGAGAAGUUACAAGGGGGAACUCUUCCAAUCGACUCCUGUCCUUCUUACAGACUACCCAGUGGAUUUAGAUGAAGUUGCCUAUUUCAUUUGGGCAUCAGAAGAAACGGUCAGCACUUAGUAUUAAUCUCUGCCUUGUGGGAAAGAAGUUUGUUGACCUGGGAGACACAUUGUGCAGAUCUAAGUGUCGCCCGGAUCUUUCUUUCCCGUCUGGGUUGGUGGGUUUUUAUUGUGGGUAAACGAAAUCUGAAAUCUAACCUAAGAUAUGCUUUUUAAGUUAGGGCUUAGAGUUGCCCUUUGUGGAUUGAAAUAUUGCACUGUGAACUUUAGUAUAAGCACAGUGCUCCACUCCUGGACUGUACCCACAAAACCAUAUUAUCGUAUAUAUCUGCUUAUCAGACAAGGGGGUUGUCCCCCGAAGGUAAAUGGAGGGAGCAGAGAACCCUAAUACUCUAUACACUGAAUAAUGCAUUAGAGUAGUGCCACAGGGGGCUGAUACGCAGGCUGUAAAAUGGCCGAUUUACUUCCCUCUGCUCAUUUGUGUAUCUGCUGUGUUUGUAGGUGCAGAAAUACAAACAAUCAGAGGCCAGCGGAUUGGCUGAUUCUGGUAGGCUGAGAAUCAGCCCCAGGUGGUAUAACCUUAAUUCUAACCUAGUCUAAAGGUGGCCACACACGGGCCAAUUCUAGCUGCCGAUAUCAAGCCCUUGUAUGGGCACUAACGACAGGCCUGCCUGACCGACAUCUGGCCUGAAUUGGCCAGAUCUCAGUCAAGCAGGUUUAGAAAUCAGUUGUCGGUUCG